AGGUCGCUUUUAAUCAUAAUUACCAGAAUGCUAAUAUCAUCCUUUCUAUCUAGAUUCUGGUACAUCUCGAUGGUUGCCUGUUACCAAAACCAGACAACCUGCCAGUGGCACUACUACGACUAUCGGAAGUUCCACGCCCAUCCACCGGAAAUCGAUUACGACAUCCAGCUGGUGAACGGGAAUCCCAACCGGCUGAGCGCAUCCUUCUUCAAUCCGUUGCUGUUCCAUUUCUCGUUCGAUCAGCAGAACACCCUGGAGAUGUAUCUGAUCUUUUUCGUGAUCUACCUGGUGAUGGUUCCGCUGCAGAUCUACGCGGUGCGACUGCAGAAGCAUCCGGUGACGCGACUGUUCACCAUCAGCCUGCUGCUGGAGUUCAUCAGUGUUUGCCUGCUACUGACCCACACGGUUCGAUACGCCAUGAAUGGCGUAGGGAACGAAAAACUGGCCAUCACCGGAGACAUCUUCGAUAUCUUCAGCAGGACAUCGUUUAUGCUAAUACUGUUGCUGCUGGCCAAGGGUUGGGCGGUGACGCGGCUACAAAUAUCCGUCAGCAGUUGGAUCCUGCUCAUGGUCAUUUGGAUUCCUUACUGUGCAAUACACGUGCUCCUGUACAUAUGGAACAGGACCGAGGUCGAUAUCAUAUCCGACAUCGACGAGUACCAGACGUGGCCCGGCUGGUUGGUGCUUGCAUGCAGGUCCACCAUGAUGCUGUGGUUCUUGUGGGAGCUACGCAUCACCAUGAAGUACGAACACUCGACGCAGAAGCUGGACUUUCUGCUGCACUUUGGCGCUUCCAGUUUGGUGUGGUUCAUAUAUCUGCCCAUUGUGGCGCUCAUUGCGGUCAACGUGAACCCACUGUGGCGGUAUAAGUUGCUAUUAGGAAUUACAAAUUCAGCCGAUUGUCUGGCGUACUGCGUAAUGAUGGGGUUGCUGUGGCCAAAUCGCGCCGGACAGUAUCUGCUGCUGACGGGGUCCCACUAUACAGGCAUGGACGAGUUGGACGAGUUCAACGAGGCGCCGCACAUCGUCCAUCGGGACUCGGAUUCGGUGCUGCGAGUGAGCGACGACGACUACCAGGACAACGAUGACGAAAUCGAAACCCUGGUGCUCAGCACGGACGAUCUGCUCAGCGCGGGGAAUAACGGUGGCAUCGAGUCGCCACCGACGGUUGUGAGUAGCGGCGGUAGCAAACCACUCAUACUGAACGGACGAAGUCGGAACCAUCUGUAGAUGGGUCCGGGACAUCGUCCGGCGGGGAGAGGCUAUUUUCUAGUGAGUAGAAGCAAUUCAACGACUGCGGCACUCGAUGUGUAAGUAUGAAUUUGCUUGGAACCCAAUUAUGUGAAGAUAGAUUUGGGUUUUUAUAAUCAACCGAUUGGGAUUGCAAACGAGUUUUGUACAUAAUAGGUCAAACACGAGACAAUUUUUUAAAACGGUGUGAUUUUUUUUCUAAACGCGGAUCAAUUGAUGAUAUUUGAGAAUCUUUAACGGAAGUCAGACACGAAUCUUAAAGCAGUAGCAAAAAUGUUUCCCAGAAAGCCACUUGAACCAGCAAAACAAAAAAAGCUCAUGUGCCAUAAAGGAGAGAAAUUUAGUGAUUCGCUUGUAGACGUAGCCAAACGGUAUGGUAGAUAGAUCAGCAUCAAGCGGAGCGUUAGGCACUAGAUAGAUAGACAACUCGUUAGAAUUUCCACGAUAUGGUUAGCAGUAAUUAGUAAGGAGUCAAGCAGUGUUCCGGUAGUGCUCCAUUCUUAAUGGUAGAAAGUUUCUAAACCGGCACCUUCCAGUAGAUUCUUCGUACCGAUGCGAAAUUCAACGGAAAACAAUGGCGUGUGAUAUAGGGACAGAAAAUAGCAAUUAACUAGCAAAUUGGAAGAAUGAAAUACAGUACAGUGUUACGUAGGGUUAGUGUAGGAAUUUAUAAGGAAGUGUUCUGCAUAACUUAAUUAGGUCGUACUGCGGUUCGGAUUUGUAGAGCUCAACAAAUCUGGAGAGUAACUCUUUAGAGUAGGAUGUAAUCCUGCCUUAACUGAUUCGUUCUCGCGGGACAAUUUUGUUCCCUUUACAAGUAAUAUUGAGAUGAUGCCAAUUUAGACAUCAUACAAUACAUCGUGGAUUAUUCAACAAAUUUUGUUGAAUAACCUAUAGACAAAAAGUGGGAACCAAUCGGUUAAGUAAUAUCUCCCCAAGUAGCCAUAAGCACGAAUAAUUAGCCCUAAAUUUGCAUCAGUCAUGCAUAGACGCAUUAUAAUUGCAUCAUCAAUGCAGACAUUAUCGCAUUAUCGCAUUAUCGUGCUUACUGUUUACUUGGCAUUGGCCAAACAUGCUGUCAAUUUCUUUUACUACAAAUCCGAACCAGAAUGAACAAGUAUUCCACUGCUGCAAUUAGCUUUGCAGGGGUGUAUUCUGUAAAUCGAAUUGAGAAAAUAACUUUCGUACAUUCUGAUCGAGUGUGUCAAGUGAUUAAUCGUAACAGUAAUUCGACUCAAUACACUUGUCAAUACCUAUACUAAGCGUCUAUUUUGUGACUGAUGAUGAGAUUACUUGUUCAAUUCGAUUUCCUUAAUGAACCCCUCAAUUCAUGUUUUAUUUAUAUGUAGAUAUUCGAAACUUUGUAGCAUUAGUUACUAGAACAAACGCAUCCACGUUUUUUGUUAAUUACAUCGGAAUUUUCUCAACGAUACUGCUACUUCAUAUAAGUCUAACUAUGAAUGCAAUUAAAACCCCAUACAAAAUAUUCUAAAGACUAAAGCCAAACAACCACUACAGUUUUGUAAGCGCAAACCACAAAAUACGCAAUUCAAGUACCUUUUCCAAAGCAAACAGUUUUAGCCAGCAGCCUAAAUCGCUUUUUCAGGAUCAUCGUUAAGAAAUAAAAAACGUUCGAAAGCGGACACGACAGCCACUAUUUUUGCAGAAUCUUGACUACGAAAAAAGAAAAACAGAACAGAAUUGAUAUUUUUGAACUCAUCUGACAAGAUUUAAUGAGCGACAGAAAGAGAGCAAGGUGGGAAAGCGAAAUUACUAACAGUCUAAGCAGGAAGAAGUCGACGAACCGACGAAACACGGGAUAGAUUAGCGUUGUGAUAUAUAAUUUAGGUAUUUUAAGGAAACGUAACGAAACACGAUGUCAAUGCAAAAACAACCGGAAAACCUGUAAAUACGACGCGGAAGUCGGAUACAAUAUAUCUUUACUGGCUGAUUGUUUUCCCUACAUUGAUAUGACACUGGAUAAUUAUUAUUGGAGCAUGUGAGUAAGGGCGGGUUUCUUCUGAAGCACGAGACAGAAGUUUUUUAUACGAACAAAAAAUAUCUAUUACAGUUAGGGACGGCAGGAGAUGUUUUAACGAUAGUCAUUCGAUUGUGUAUAUGAGUAACUAUUUGCCCAAAAAAGAGACAGAUAAACCUAAAUGCAAAUCUUUAAA